CGCAGUUGUUUGCUUAGACUGGCAAUUGAUCUGGUUAUGACCAGUAGGACACCCACCGCAGCAUCCCGUGUUGAUGUAGGGAGAGGCACCAGCCGAAACUUCAAUUUUACUCUUCUUUUUGUAAGAGCUCACAUCCGUCGUCUGACAUGAAACUCUUUUGGUGCUAAAUUUGGGCCUUCUUUGCAGUGGGUCUGUCUGUUGGUCGCCUACCUCGCCCCCCCCCACGUUUUUCCAGUAUCACUUGGGAGAGGCGCAAGAGGCGCCAGGUCUGGUGUUUCCCACAUUGAAGGCUAGGUGGAGGGGAGGAGGGGAUCAUUUUGUGAGACGUAGUUGCUUGCGCUUGUGACGUCGUGAAUCUUUUAUUUUCUAUUUCAUAUUUUUAUGUGCUCGUUAUCCUUCCAGAACGUCCGCUUCUUUCGUCCAUGCCUUCGCUGCUACGCUUGCCUAUCCUUCGCUCAGGUUCUGCUGCACAUCCGUAGGUUCGAUACUGUAGCAGGUCACGUGCAUGCAGUGAGGUACACCACAUUGCGCAGCUAAUAUUCUUGCGAGUGACAAAGUUUAGGAGUGAGUGUUACGAAUGCCUCGCUGUGGUGGGGAAGAUCCGUUCGGCAUUGCAACCUUCCCCAUCACAGCUGAUUAACCCUAGAUCAGUAUCCUGGCGCUUCAUUAAUCGCAAAUUUAUUCACGACCUUGGAUCAUUCACAAGUCAGGUGUUGGGGAUGUCCCCAGCACCAUCUGCCUAGUUGCAUUUGUAUCUUGCUGCGAUUUUUCUUGUAAUCAGGGGCUGAUUAACUUCUUUUCUCUCCGUUUCUCGAAGUUAUUACGUGACCGUCGAAGCAUUGGGGAAGAAAUGAGCGGUUGCUACGUCAUAGCAACAUUUGGUCCAGUUUUUUUGAACUUCCACUCAUCGACUGGUCUCGCGCAUUGUCGUCACAUUCUAAAACCGUUUCUGAGAUUAUCAAACCUUAAGACACGGGAAGAUUCGUAUGGGCUAAGUGAGAGGUUAUGAUUUCGAGGGUCGGGUCUGAUCAAGCUGUACUUUUAUAUGGCGUGACGAUAGUGUUUUCGUCCUGACGUGCAAUCUUGGAGCUGCAAGAUUUUGCAUAGUGCGCUGUGUGGAGACAUUGUACUUAUUCUAAUCUACGGUGACGAUGAUCUUUCUGUUAGAAAUCCGCUGCACUUAGGCACUUGUUGUUCUACGUGUUUGACCUGUUGGGUGUGCACUAGAGGGUUUUCGAGCUUCUCUAGAGCACUUUUAAAGAGGAGAAUGAGGAUCAGAAAGCAGCCUCGGCAGUUGCCUGCAUGUCGAGAUUCUUUUCUACCAUGCGAUUUGCAAGUGGAAGGCUGGAGCAAUCGUGAAUAUUCAGAGGUGGGUAAUGGAGGGAUAUUUUUCUCGGAGAAAGCAGGAACAGUGGGCUCCGGAGAGCAAUUAGUUGCCGGGACUUUUGCACCGCAGAUCAUCCAACAUGUCAACUCUGAUCCCGAUGCGACUAAUAUGUCAAGGAUGCCGGAGUUGGCGCAAUCUGGCCAGUUGCAGCUUGGGCAUGUCCAGUUUAUUCCUGAGAGGACACUUGAUUUGAAUGCUCUGGUAGACAAGGUUCAGGACCAAGAUAGGAGCGAUCUGCCAGGAAGUAGACAGAGUGGCAGUUUGCAACCCCGAUGUGGAGGUCUUAAUUUUGUUGACAAAUCACAUGGGGGUUUGGUCCGUGGUCAAUCGUCAAGUCUAUCCAUAAACACGGAGACUACAAAUGUCGAUCAGACGAACUUAUCUGGCCCAGCAUUACAUCCUGAAAGCUGCACACAACAAGACGAAGACGAAGACGAAGAAGAAGAUGAAGAAGAUGACAACCCUACAAGACACUACGUGCGGAGGAACGGCUUUCGGCACGGCGGAGACAGCGGUAUCUCAAUUCAAUCUGAGGAAAACAUCCCGGACGAGGACACAAUUGCAUCAAUUACAAAGACCAACCUGUACGAAUGCGACCAGUUCCCCGAUUCUGAGCAAAAUUCAAAACUCUGCACUCCCGAUACAGCUCGCAACAGACACUUACGAAGAUCAGGCAUACCCUUCCACGGCAAUGAGGACGACCAUCAUCCCUCAAAGGAGCCGGAAGGAUCGUUGUUGCACUCACUCUACUUGCAGUUGCUAGCAGCUGGUAGGGAGGGCAUUUCGUUGCGGGGGCUUUUUUCCAGUUUUAAAUCUCAGACAUCGUUGCCAAGGCUUGCACACAACUGGAGAGAGCAAGUAAAAGCUCACUUGAAGAAUGGCCCUUAUUUUGAAGAAGUGAAUGGGCGCUAUCUUUUAUGCGAAUUUCUUGUUCAGCCUUCAAAGAGAGCUUCCAAGAGAAAGGAAAGCUCAGAAAGUCCAGGCGUACAGACUCGAAGGAAAGCCUACCAGAAGACAAUCGAGGCUGUUCUUUGUGAGUCAGCAAUAGAGUUUCAAAAGCAGCAAAAACAUAACGACAAUGGUGAACGUAGUGGUGCUCCGAGCUUGUCUAUGCCGAUGGAGUCCAACGAAUCAGAUUUGGAUAUGGCAGAGCCGAAACAUACGAAGCCCAAAACUGCCCCAAACCGAUCCUCCAAGAAUAGAAAAUCCAGAGCAGGUGAUGAGGACUCGCAAACUCACAGGAAUAUCCGAUUUGGAGGCGCCAUUCCGGGGUCUUUGAAGGCAAUGCAAGCCAGAAUCAUAGCAGAAACUGGAAUACAGGAUGGAAUCAGGUGUGCGAGAAAGGAUGGGAGCAAUGAUUCCUCGAAAUGGCAGUGUCCCAUGAUGGCCAUGGAGGGUCACACUCUUUGCGAACACCACAGCUUUCUGAAUGAAAGGAAGAGGGCUCGAUAUGCUAAAGCCAGAAAGCAUCAUGGUGAGGGCACAGCGGGGAAAUCGCAACGAAGUCGACAAACGAUGAGGGUGGCCUCAGAAGUACCAAAAAAGCAUCACAUGACACAUGAUGUGCAAAGUCCCUCAACACCCAGGCUAGAGCUUUACAAGAGUGAUAGCGAUGACCUUACAGGCCUUGAUGAAGUUGCCAGCCAGGCUCUGUUAACCAUGAAGAGUGACAUCCUCAAUGUUGAAAGUUUUUCCCAAGAGACGAAAGUGUACGUAUCGAAUCUUAACUCUUUAGAGAUGAAGGUGGACAACUCAAAAAUUGUCAAUGGAGAAACGACCGCAACCUCGGAUAAGCCAGCCCCACCUCAGUUCGCAAGGUCAUCCACAGGAAGAUUCAUUGCAGCCAAGAAGACCGCAGUUAGAAUUCCUCCUCACUCUCUUGAUACUGAUCCAUCAAUUGGGAAAUCGAAUGUGCCUUUAAUGCGUCCCCCUUCCAUCCCACCCUUACCCGCGUUCUACGGAGCAAGAAGGAAGACCGUCAAGAACAGGUCCUUGUUGUCCAUUAACUGAUAAUCAAGGUUUUAAAAACUCUGAUAUUGAUAUUGGAAUGAUGUUCACUGGCUCUUCCGCAUAAAUGUAUGAAUGACCCAGUUUUACUAUUACUUCGAAGUUACACCUGACUGUCUCGAGAAAGCAACUUCUAGUUUACUGACUUUCUCCAGGUAGUGCAAGUUGUCUCUCUCAAAUCCUUGUAGGAUUUCUGACAACCGCCAAUUGCCAUCUGUUAAAGGUGUGUGAGAAUCUCUGCAAUCGGACUGCAAAUGUAUUCAUGUUCGUAUAGAUUGUCGUUCUGGUUAGAAGUUGUUUAUGGUUAGCAAUUGUCUGUCGGGCUUUAAAAUAUCGUCUCUAAAUCUUAGAGAAAAAUAGAAAAGAAUUCGGUAUGA